UCGACUCGGCAAGUCACUGAAUUACGACGAUUAUUUAGUUCGGAUAAAGCGGUGUGAUGGUGUACUUACAAUCGCGCUGGAUACGUCUGCCUGAUAUGGAGUGUACUUGAGCAAAGAAAUGACUAAGAAUGUCCAACGAAUCGGGUAGUCUGAAGCCCCCGGUGACCAACAACUCGAGCGUCGAAGAGUCCGCGACGCACAUCCAGAAGCUGGCCCUGGCGGCCCUCCUCAGCGUGGUCAUCGUGGUGGUGAUAAUCGGCAACACUCUCGUUAUUCUGGCUGUGAUAACAACAAAGAGAUUACGUACAGUAACGAACUGCUUCGUCAUGUCGCUAGCAAUAGCCGACUGGUUAGUCGGCGUCUUCGUCAUGCCCCCGGCGGUGGCUGUGGCUUUGAUGGGUACCUGGGAACUUGGCUGGGUUUUGUGCGACAUCUGGGUGUCGCUGGAUAUCCUCCUGUGCACCGCGUCGAUCUUGAGUCUUUGUGCCAUAAGCGUUGACAGAUAUUUAGCAGUCACUCAACCGUUGAACUACUCGAGGAGGCGAAGAUCGAAGAGGUUAGCCUUCACCAUGAUUCUUGUAGUGUGGCUGAGCUCGGCGCUCAUCACGUGUCCGGCCAUGUUCGGAUGGUACGAGCCGGGUAGGCACAACGAGAAAAUCUGCAGAUACAACAAAAAUACCGGUUAUGUGAUUUUCUCCGCAAUGGGUUCCUUUUUCAUCCCGAUGAUGGUGAUGCUGUACGUUUACGUACGGAUAUCCUGCGUGGUGAUGCGGCGGCACGACAAACCCCCCUACAUCGACACUUUCUCCAGGAAAAGUCAGAAGCUCGUCAUCAGCGUGAAAGAAGAGUCGGAUAUAGAUCGAGUGUCGUCGGAGUGCGAAGAACAGAACAUUCGAUGUUCCAGGUACUUUCGACAAAUAAGUGCAUGCGGCCAGUCCGCCGAGCCCCUCAACCAGGCCAACCACGAGCAGCGCAAAUCCGUGGGCACCCGGUCCAUCCGGUCGACCUACUCCUUCAACCACGAGCCCUUGACGGCGCAGCGCUCCGCUAGCCUGUACCGGCCGCCGUCGUUCACCCCUCAGCGGUCCCGGCCCGAGUCGCUCAACUUCGACGCGACGGCCACCCUCAACUUCGAGCCCGCGACGCGCGUCUCCUCCUUCCGCCGCGAGACCAAGACGGCCCAGACGCUCAGCAUCGUCAUGGGCGGCUUCAUCGCCUGCUGGCUGCCCUUCUUCAUCUGCUACCUCCUCACGCCCUUCAUCCCCAGCACCGAGGUGAACGCGCUCAUCAUGAACUACCUGACGUGGCUGGGCUGGUUCAACUCGGCCAUCAAUCCCUUCAUCUACGCCUUCUACAGUCCCGAUUUCAGAAUAGCCUUCUGGCGGCUGACGGUCAAGCACUUCUCCAAGUCGAGGAGGGCGAUUUCGCCUUCCAGCACAAGUGAGGGCGCGAUCCACCGACGUUCUAUUCUAGUCACUGUGUUUUAUAGCUGUUAUUUAUAUUACCUUUGUAAUUUAUUCGUUACCAUAGGCGCCGAGUGCGGGGGCGGCGACGGGCGCAUCGUGGCUUAACAACACGUGUUGAGCCCCGUCAAGGCUAAGUCGGCGCCCCUGCUCGUUACCGUUUACAAUUUCCACGAAGUGAAGCGUUUCAGACAUGGGUUGCUUUCUUCGUAAGGUGAAGAGGGAUCGUAAAUUAACGUAGUACUUAACGAUAAAAAUCUGACGUUAAAAACGUCGUAAUGCGGGCUAAUUUAUAUUAAUCACUCGCCGUUAUGUGAGGUCAUUAGAAUAACACCCCGACUAUUAAUUUAGCCAUCUCUUUUUUACAGCUCUAAUAACGCGUACGACCCCCAUAAAAUUCACAAGGGCGAUAUUUCAAUUUCGCCGUUUUGAUUGGCAACAAAAUCGCGGUCAUGCCAAAAAUUGAAAUGCAUCCACUGAAACCACUAAAUCUAUUUUGAAAAUGUAUUUUUAGAUGGUUUGUCUCGAAUCGAUAUUUCCUUUCGGGCGAAACUGAUACGAGGGAAAAUUUAAUUCGCGGGAAGUGCACGACCAACAAUGAGAGAAUGUUUUGGCAUAAACAUACUCGGGCGUAAAUUAUAAGAAACUCUAAUGGAUAUCCACCAAUACGUAAAGCCUGGGAAAGAACAUCUGCUGGGAGCAAAAAAGUUUCCAAACUGCUUUGAGAGAGGGUCACGUAAAAACUAAUGUAGGGUGGAAGCUCGCACUUUACUGUACUUAAAAAAAUACUUAUUUGCUUGUAAAUUUCCGGACACAACGGAAACUUGAUAAAUCAUAACGGAAAAUUUAUUGGACGAAAUAAUAUAGCAAAUAAUUAAUAACAUUUUGAUUUAGAGUUGGCUUUCACUCACAAACUAAUUGACCAUAAAUAUCCUUUUUAAAUAAACGCAAAGUUGCAAACAUUGAAAAAUACGUGCAUGACGACGACAAAAUAUCAUUAUUUGAGUGUAACAAGUGUGAAUCUGAAAUUUCGUCGAGUGUUUUCCGUACUGAAACGAACUGGAUCAAACAUAUCAAUACUGCCAACUUAUGAAUGUUAUUUAAUCGUGAAAAGAACCAAAAUAAUUGCCAUUAAUAUCCAGUUCAGGUUACGUUGGCAACGCAAACAACAUAUUUUGUCCGACACUCCAUAUUUCAAUGUUUCUAUUUUGUUUUGUCAGGUUGGCAACAUUUUCAAAUUAGGAUGGCAGGCCUGACUGUCAAAGUGACAUUUACGACACCAAGUCACUAGUUGCCAAUACUUCAGAAUUACCAACACAAAAAUUUGCUGCAUUAAUAGUCACCGAAUAGUUGCUAGUUUACGGAAAAAAAGUAUAUUGCGAUAUCAAAAAAUUGUAAAAUCGAAGAAGGAAAAAUGAAAAAUUAUAUUAUUAUAUAUUCUUAGAAGACAUGUCAUUUGCCAAAAUCAGUCUUAGUUUAACAAAUACUUGCC